AUGACAUCUGAGCGUUGCAAUCAGGAUGUGCAAUGCGACAGUGAUUCUAAAAGGAUAGAAGGUAUACUGGAAAAGUGUUUUGAAGGGCCUUAUGAUCCGGAACGAAGAUAUAUCAUAUGUAUUCAAGGGCCCACCUCAAGUGGAAAAAGCACGUUUGCAAGGAGACUUCAUGGGCUACUAAAUAGAAACGGGAUCAACACAUAUUUGCUUGCGUUAGACUCCUAUUACUUCAAACCUAUAAACCCAGACCUUGAUGAAGAAGAUUACGACUUUGACAAUCCGGCUGCACUCGAUUGGGAAAGCAUCUUCUGUGUUCUGAAGAGACUAAGAGACAAAAGUCCGUUUCUUGAGCACAGAACAUACUCUGGAUCCACCUAUGGGAAGGCCUUUGUUUGGAAGGAGAAAAAUUCCAUGCCUAAUGUUGUAAUAAUAGAAGGAGUUCAGGGAUUCAACACGGUUUGCGAUAAGAUUUUCAACAUCGAGAUGUUUGAUCCGUACCACAGUAGUAAGCCCAUUGAAGACGAGUUUGUGGACAGAUCCCUUGAUCUGGGAGACUUCAAGAUCCUUAAGAUCUUCAUGGCAAACUGUGCCUCUAAGGUCCUUUCAGUGAGGCUUAGAAGAGAUGAAAUGAGGGGAAGAAAGAGAGAUGCAAUAAUUAGAAGGUUUUAUUCGAAGACAUUACCCAGCAUGCUAAGAUGGAUAUAUUCCCCGAUGUACACCGAGUUCAUCAAGGUUAUUCAUGGAAACUUCAACAGCAAGAAGAUCGAAUUGCUUAUGAAUGAGCUAAGCCUGUAUUUCUUUGGAAAAGAGAUACCUACAGAAGAGACCAAGGAAAUGGACCUCUAUCAGGAAUUUGGAGUUGAAUGCACUGGGGAGUGCAGGUAUGGAGAAGGGCCCUACAUUUCUCUAGAUGACAAGGUGUAA